CGAUAGAAAUGCCAUUGAUUAGAGAACCAGUAGAAGUGCUAUCACAUGUUAUUGUUUACAAGACAUGAAGAUGUGCAGCUCAAAGUCUAUCAAGUGUAGCAUAAUUUUUGCAGUAUUUGGUGCAGUCUUUAUUAUACUAGGAGGAGUGCUAAUUCCUGUUUUUCACAAUUAUAUUAAAAAAGAAAUCAAAGAGCAAAUUCCAUUAAAAGAAGGUUCAGCAAGCUUUAAGGCAUGGUCAGCUCCUCCUGUUCCGAUUUAUUUCCAAAUAUGGGUGUUUGACCUACUGAACCCUUUAGAGGUAGUACAGAAUGGUGCAAAACCAGCACUAAGACAGAAAGGCCCAUACACAUUCAGAGAACACAGACAGAAAGGUAACUUCACCUGGAAUGAUAAAGAUGGAACAAUUAGUUACAGAGAAAAAAGAUCAUUUAAUUUUGAAAGAGAGAAAUCUGCUGGACCACAAACUGACACAUUUACAACAGUUAAUUUACCCAUGAUAACAGUUGUUGAGCUUAUAAGACGAGAAUUUGGUUUCAUACAAGAACUAGUGGAACUUGUAUUAACACUUGCAAAUGAUGAGGAGCUAUUUUUGACUCUUUCUAUAAAAGAUAUUCUUUGGGGAUAUGAAGACAAUCUCUUAAAGAAAGUUCUCGACUUUGCAAAAAAAAUUGGACAUCCUUUAGAUUUAGACGACCAUUUUGGAUUAUUUUAUAAUCAAAACGGUUCUGAUGAUGGACUUUAUAGUAUAUAUUCUGGAGUAAAGGGUGCAGACAACUUUGCUUUUAUAAAAUCUUGGAACAAUAUGAGCAUCUUACCAUAUUGGACCACAGAGACAUGUAAUGUAAUAAACGGAUCAGAUGGUACAUUAUUUCCACCCUUUGUGCAGAAGGAUGACAGAAAAUACUUGUUUUCUACAGAUAUCUGUAGAUCUAUUUAUGCUACAUUUGAUUCUGAGCAGACAGUAAGAGACAUAGAUUUACUACGUUUCACCGUCCCGCCAAAAGUGUUCUUAGAUCACAACCACAAUCCUGCUAAUGAAGGUUUCUGUACACCACACGGUGUUUGUUUACCAUCAGGUCUACUCAAUGUUAGUUCCUGUAAACAAGGUGCUCCUGUUGUAAUGUCUCUUCCACAUUUCCUAUACGCUGACCCUGUGGUACAAGAUGCUGUAUAUGGAUUAAAUCCAAAUAAGAUAGAACACCAAACAAUACUAGAUAUUGAACCUAAUACAGGAGUAGUAAUGAAUGCUCAGAAGAAACUUCAAGUUAAUGCAUAUUUAAGAAAUGUAUCCCACAUUACCCAAACAUUAAAGAUAAAAGAUCACAUAGUGUAUCCGGUGUUAUGGCUAAAUGAGAGUGCUGAAAUUGAUGAUAAGUCUGCCAAAGACUUUAAAUCAGCUGUGCAGACACCCGUGCAUAUUACACAGGCAGUUCAGUAUGGUUUGAUUGUUUUAGGAGUAUUAUUCAUCAUUGGUGCAGCGUUUUGGUUUGUCAAAGUAAAAACUAGUCAGACGAAAGAAGAUGAUUUGGUGACUGUGGUGGACGAUAACAGAGAUACAGCCCACUUAGUGGUGCAAUAGUCCAGUCUAAAUUAGUGCUGCUGAACUUACAAAGUUCAAAUAUUAUUUUACACAUUUUAAUGAUUGAUUCUCAUUAUACUGUAAAAUAGGAAAUUUUCAUAAGGGGUUUAUUUAAGCUACUUUUGCAAUGCAGAUAAAAUCAUGGGAUAAAACCUCCUUAAAAUAAUUUGUUCUUUAAGAAGAUCAGCCUAAAAGAUAAAAACAUAAUCUGUAUUUAUACAGGCUUGACUUUAGAAAUUUAUAUUGAAAUGACUGUGAGUCAUUGGUAUUUUCCAAAACUAAAAGAUUGAACAUUGCUUCGAAAAACAGUAAUAUUUUAAAACCAACAAUCAUUUUUUUUCAGGUUUUAUUUUAACUUUUAUCAAAAAAUAUUUACCUGAUCUUCUCAAAUAUCCUCUAAUUUUACAAAUGACAAAAAAAAAUUAAAAUCUUUCCAGUAACCUAAAUUCUGGUUUAAUGAGAGUCAAUGAUGAUUUUGUUAACAAAUAUGCUGUGAUAAUGAUGCCUGUUUAAUUUAUGACUCUUUUUAUAAUGCUUUUGUAUAUUUGUGUUUGAUUCUAUACCAUUAUAGCCUUUUGAUGAGGUCAAUACAUGUUUUAGGUGUCCCAAUGAAAGUGUAUGGACCAAGGACACAGUCAGAAGUCAAUGUACUUUCAUUAAUCGAUAAAAUAUGUUUUGGAAAAGGCAUUGUUUUAUUAUGACAUCAUAUUAUUCACACACUGUGACUUAUCCAUCAAUGAUGGACAGUUAAAACAGUCUUUGUUUUUGUCCAUGUUAUUCUUGUUUGCUCUCAUGUUAAAUAUUGGAUACCUCCCAUGCCACAUUUUGUGUUAUGUUUUUGAUUCAUUUAUUUACAUGUUGUAAGACCAGGUCUGUUAUUGUUUUUAUAUUAGAAACAUUUGACAUAGAAUAAUAAUUCACACUGUUGGAUAAUAUGAUGUUAUAAUUAUAAUGCUUACCGUACCUCAGCUAAAAGAGACUAGAUAUUUACAAUUAACUAAACUAUUGUUGUCUUCUUCUGAGUAUAAGCCUUCUUUAAUUAUGAGCAUCUCCAUAUGGAUUGUUACCUUUACUUUAAAGAAUAAAAACAUUUGUUCAAACAUAUUAACAGCAUAUAUAAAUAAACAAAAAAAGUGUCAUACAUGGCAUAUUCACAGGGAUAAACAUUAUUUUAAAUUUUCUUUUAUUUUACUGUUCCCUCCCCCUCUUAUUUUUAAUUGAUUGACUUAGUAUGUUAUAUCUAGUCAAAUUAAAUUUAUGAAACAGUAUGACUGUAGCCAACAAUUUAUAGUUAUUUUGUAUAACAGGGUAUGCUGUUCAUUAUUGUUAAGUAAAUUUGAAGCUAAUGGUACUAAAAUAUAAUUGGAUCAUGUUACAUUUUGCAGUGAGAGAAGAAAAUACUCAGAUACAUAGUUCAAAAUCAUUUUCCUGGAUUGUAAGCAAAUCUUAAUACAUCUAUAUCAACAGUAAGCAAAUCAUAUGUCUUAACUAUUCUUAAUCAAUUCUUUAUUUGCUUUGUUAAAAAAAAAACAGUACAUAUACAUGUGAUAUAUUACAAUGGAGCUGCUUUCUCUUCUGCAAUAAAUGAGUUCACUUCUUGUUUUUAUGCCCUACAUACGAUAGUAGAGGGGCAUUAUGUGUUUUGGUCUGCGUAGGUUUGUUCCUUCGUUCAUCCAUUUGUUCAUCUGUUUGUUCAUUCGUCUGUUUGUUUGUCCCUCUAUCCUGCUUCAGGUUAAAGUCCAAUCAACUUGAAACUUAGUACACAUUACCUAUGAUAUGAUCUUUCUAAUUUUAAUGCUCAAUUAGAGUUUUGACCCAAUUUCACGGUUCACUGAACAUAGAAAAUGAUAGUCCAAGUGGGGCAUUUGUGUACUUUGGACACAUUCUUGUUAAUAGAAUAUGUUUGCUAAUCCCCUGUGUAGCAUUUUAUUGGUUAGUUUUCUGUUUUCCUGUUUUUUUCCCCUUUUGGCAUCAUUGAUUUAUAAUUAAUAGCAUCCUUGCUAAAAGUGUUCCUGAUGACGGUAAAUCCAGAAAAGGGAUUUGGAUGCAUCAAAUUUAUAAUGUGUUAUUAUUUCUCAAAAAUUGCAUCCUUGUUCUCUUUGUAGCUUUUAAAACCUCGACUUUAUAUAUUUUAAUCUGACCAGUUAUAAGAAAAUGUGUGGCCUUAUGAUACAUAUGAGCCAUAUUCUGUAUUUAUGCUUGUUUCAAUCAUUGAAUUCCUAUUGUAUGUUGAUGUGCUAAUUGUUGUAUAUUUAUAUGUGCUUGUACUAAAUAUGAUCUUGUUAACUGUUUAUAUGUCCUGCAAUAAUAGCUAACUCACUCUGAAAUUCAUCUAAUACUUGUAGUCGCAAAAUAAGAUAUAGAAAACAGUAUGAUUUGAAUUUUUCCUAAUUUUUUGAAAUUUAACUGAUCUAUUUUUAAGAUUUUAUUCCAAUUUAUGGUAAUAGGGAGACAGAUGUUUAAAUUUCUGAAAACGUUCAGCACUGAAAUGAUGUAGAUCUCAUUGUAAGAAAAUAUGAGUUUGCAAACUUCAUUGAAAAUUGUACCACAUUACUCUAGUCAUUUUUUGAAACAUGCAAAAUUUAACAUAUAUUAAAAAUGUUCAAAACAUGACAGGAAAAGUUUAAGCUAACUGCUUUUUACACUUAAGCUGAUUUAAUAAAUGAAUGCACUUAUAUAUCUAUGCUGAUUUUUGAAUGAGAUUUAUAUGUUAUAUAUAUAAUAGUUCUCUUUGUGAUGAUUGUGAUUAAGACAUACAGAUUCCGCCAUUGCAUCAAGUGCAUUACAAUAUUUCUCCACUCAAGACAGUUUAAUUUUGAAUAUUUAGAAUUUAACUGUUGGGAUAUAAUGUAAUACAAUAGUGAUGGAAUCUGUUUCUCUAAUGAUGUCUAGAUAAAAAAAACAAAAAAAGAAUAGAACAAAAUAACCCCCAAAAAUAGAAAAAUUGGGGACUAAAAUGAAUUUUUAUUCGCAACAGCAUAUUGUAUUGCACAUUGAGUAUAAAUUCAAUAUGAUGCAGUCAUUCUGUGUCAGAAACCUUUUAUGUGUCAAAUAUUUGAAACUACAAUCCAAAUUCAGACCUUGAUGUAUCAAGCAUGAAUAUUAUGUCCAUUUUUGCCUCAACAGUUCAAGGUUGGACCUCAGCAGUCGUAUCCAGCUGUGCUCGGCAAAGCAAUUUAUUUAUUUUAUUACCAUCCACUUAUUUGUGCUAGUGUGACAGAUUCAUGCAGGAUGAAAGACUCCCAAAAGUUACACUCUUAGAAAUGUUUUGAUAGAUUAGAUAAAAUGUGUAUCUGUUUUACAAGUAUCAUUAUUAUCUUUGUUAUUUUUGUUAAUUGAUAUAUUCAGAUUGGUGCAGGAAAUAUGGAGACAUUGCUUUGAGAUUCCCAUAUGUUUUUCUUAUUUUAUAUUUUUGUACUUUUAUGUAUGAUGAGAUUUAAAACAAUCUUCAUUUGAAAUCUCAUAUCUGAUGCAUACAUGCUUUGCUGUUUGCGAUAUCUUUUCAUAUGGGAUGCAUAUAGUGUUGAAUGAAAUGGCGAGAUUGAUUUUAAAUUAAAAAUGAAGUUGUACAGGGCUAUUCCAAAAUUAAUUGUAUGGAGAAGAGGGAAGCACCCAUUUAUUUAGGGGUAAACAUUUAUCCCUUAAAAAGGCAUUAAAAUCUAAAAUUAAAAUGUAUUAGUAGCAGGCAUUUUAGGAAAAAAAUGCCUUCCCUCUCCAUUCAAUUCAUUUUGGAAUAGCCAACAUUGGAUGAUGAAUAUUAAGUUUGGCUGGCAUAUUUUAUCAAACCAUUUCAAUAUGUUUUCGAUAAUGACAUUACGAAUGAGAUAUCUGUUCAGAAUCUUAUUUGAAUACUAAAGUGCUAUGCAUUCAUGUGUUUAUUUGUGUCUAAUAAAAUACUCAUUCUUUGCUUAA